GCCUGCGGAGGGGUAUAUAAGCCUCCGGGGAUGUUCGUAAAAUGCGGCUUCACACUGUCUUCUCCUCCUUGAUCAGCCAAACCUCCACUCAUACCGUCUCAAGAUGGCACCAAAGAGGGCAAAGAGGAGGCAGACAGCAGGAGACAGCGGUUCCUCCAACGUGUUCUCCAUGUUUGAGCAGAGCCAGAUUCAGGAGUACAAAGAGGCUUUCACAAUCAUUGACCAGAACAGGGAUGGUAUCAUCAGCAAAGAUGACCUGAGGGACGUGCUGGCUUCAUUGGGCCAGCUGAACACCAAGAAUGAGGAGCUGGACGCCAUGAUCAAGGAGGCCAGCGGCCCCAUCAACUUCACCGUCUUCCUGACCAUGUUCGGAGAGAAGCUGAAGGGUGCUGACCCCGAGGACGUUAUUCUUACCGCCUUCAAGGUCCUGGACCCCGAGGGUACUGGAAGCAUCAAGAAGGAAUUCCUUGAGGAGCUCCUGACCACUCAGUGCGACAGGUUCUCCAAGGAUGAGAUCAAGAACAUGUGGUCCGCCUUCCCCCCAGAUGUUGCCGGCAACGUAGACUACAAGAACAUCUGCUACGUCAUCACACACGGAGAGGAGAAGGAGGAGUAAAGAGAAAGCUAGAAGACAUAAAAGACAGCAAUCCCUUUGCUUUUCUGCCUUCCCUGCCCUCUUCUUUCCUCCUCUUCCUCCUCGCCCACCUUCUGUGUAAACCCAUGUGCUCAGCCGUCCGUGGUCAAACCAAAGACUUGUCACAAUGACACAUGAGAGGGCUGAUGCCCAUGGGGCGUCUGUUUGCUUAUGGGGAAUAGGGCUGAUUUCCAAUAAAAGGAUCCUGUAACAUCAUUUCCAUCCACAAACUUCUCAAAAACCUGUUCUUUCCUUGCAACCGUCUUCUGUCUUCUCACCUCUAUACCUCUGUCUGUCCUGUCACGUCCACCUCUGAGAAGACAGGUGUACUGCUGGGGAGGGGGGAGCACACAGUGCGAGGACCUCAUUCUACAUUUUGAAGACGUCCUCUCAGGUGUAAAAGGGGGGAGAGGAGGGGAACAGUUGCAGGUUAGAAAGGAAAAAGUAGUGACAACUUGUCUUCCUUGAAAAGUAAAAAAAAAAAAAAAAAAAAAAAAGAAAAGAUUGGAGGAGGGGAGAGAAAGGGCCGAAAGAAAACAUUCAAGUCUUCGAUUUCUUUCCCUCUGCUCCUUCCUGCAACCAUUAAAUCAUCUUUUUUCCAUAAGCUGGACUCUUCCUAGCCUUUCCUCUGUAAAAAUAAAAGGGACGAACUGUGAAUAAAAUCUCUUUCCUUUUGUA